AAAUUGGAUCUCACAAGAAGUCUUUGUUCAGUUCGUCAACCAUGCUCGUCUCAACAGCAAUUCUCAUAGCCUUUGUCAUUUUCUUGGUGGCUUUGAGCUUCAAAAACAUACGGGAGCACUUUUACAGCCUCCUGUACAUACACAACCUCCCAGGACCUCCCGCUAAUGACAUCCUCACAGGAAACUUGCUUUAUUUGUACACAACCCCAGACAAUGUGUUCAAAACACUACGCGAAUGGAGCAAACUCUACUAUCCCGUUUAUAAAACAACAUGUGCCCAUUUGGGUGCCGCUAAUAUCGUGAGUCCAGACGACUUCGAGACGGUUUUAUCCACUCCAAUCCACAUGGAAAAGAGUUUUAUCUAUAACAUGCUCCACGACUGGCUAGGAACGGGGUUAUUAACUAGCACUGGUUUAAAGUGGCAGAUCCGACGGAAAAUUUUAACCCCGGCUUUCCACUUCAGCAUCCUGCAGCAGUUCACGGCCAUUUUCAACGAAGAAACGGAAAAACUGGUCAAAGUUUUCCGACAAGAGUGUGACAAGCCGUACAUAAACGUAACCCCUCAUGUCACUCAGUUCACUCUAAAAACAAUAGCAGAGACCGCGAUGGGUACUAAACUACAAUUUACUAGCCACAAAGAAAUCAGUUACAAAAAAUCGAUUUUCGAAAUGGGUGAACUUUUGCUCUACCGUUUACUACGAACAUGGUUAAUAUACAAAUUUUUGUAUUUAUUCACCUCCCGGUACUACAUCGAGAGAAAAGUCAUAAAGCAUCUGCACAGUUUCACCGAUAGCGUGAUAGCCGAACGUGAAAAAAAUUUCAAAGAGGUGGUACCACCAACCGAAAAUGACGACGUAUACACCGGGAAAAAGCGUCUAGCGAUGUUAGACUUGCUUCUAACCGCUAAACACAAAGAAGGAACUAUUGACGACGUAGGAAUUCGUGAAGAAGUCGAUACUUUCAUGUUCGAAGGGCACGACACCACUUCGGUAGCUCUGAGCUUCGCUCUAAUGCAAAUCGCGUGUCACAAGGACGUUCAAGACCGCAUUGUCGAAGAAAUGGGUGAAGUGCUAGGCGACUUGAAGAAAAAACCAACCUGCAACGAUUUACAAGAAAUGAGGUACUUAGAACGUGCUAUAAAGGAAGUACUGAGGAUGUACCCCAGCGUGCACUUCAUCUCGCGAAAGUUGGGAGAGGACAUGGUAACGCGGUGUGGACACACUAUAUCUAAAGGCUCAAUGGUUAAUUUGCACAUCUAUGAUUUACACCACAACCCUGAAAUUUAUCCCGAUCCAGAAAAAUUUGAUCCCGAUCGGUUCCUUCCUGAAAACUCCCAAACAAGACACCCUUUUGCGUAUUUGCCUUUUAGUGCCGGAGCUAGGAAUUGUAUCGGGAAAAAAUUCGCCAUGUUGGAACUGAAAACUGCCAUUUGUGGAAUUUUGGCCAAUUUUGUGUUAGAACCGAUCGACUCUGCCUCUACUAUUGUUCUGGUUGCGGAUAUCGUUCUUAGAACGAAAGAGGGUAUUAAAGUACGAUUCGUACCAAGAGCCUAAGUGACUUUGCUACAUUUUUCACUCUUCAUCCUGUAAUUUAACAAGACUGGAAAUUGUACAAUAAUUGUUAUUACUGACACAAUUUGUUAUCAGUAUCUGUUCUAAUACUUACGCAAUUUACUUUAGAUAUUUUUAUACGAAACUAAUA